AUGAUCAAGCUUUGGCGAGAUAAUAGAUCCAAUGUGAUGAAAGAAGUGGAGAAGCAAGCCGAACUUGUAGGCCUACAACGUGCUGCUACCCUUCUCAAACCUGAUAAUGUAGAAUCUAUGAAUCAGUGGCUAGAUCUUAUCAAAAACAGAACUAGUCCAUCAUUUAAGGAAAUGUCUAAAAAAUUCAAAGCAAUGCGCGCAGAAAGAACCUUACUCCACAGAACUAGUAGAAAAAGCUUUGCUCGUGUUGAAGAAGAAUUAAGGGAACAAAGUGAAAUCCCAGAGGCAAUAACAAGGUCUGAUGUUUGGAUUCAUGCUUACGAAGCAAAGAAGAAGAAGGAUUCAGAUGUAGUGGAGGAUCCAGAAAUAGUGAAACAAGUGAAAAUGUACAGGGCUGAGCAAGAACCUUCAGAGAAAUGUUCUUUGAAAGAUGAUGCUGUUGCAAAAGUACUCGGUCCUGAUCCACGAGGACGAGUAAGAGGUUUGGGAUUUGGAGCAGUCCCUUCAAAGGCAGAUUAUCAAACCAGUGUUGGAAACAAAGUUGCUAAGUUAGAGAAUGCUUUAUUUGCUCAAUCACAAGAUAUGCUUGCUCAAUCAGAAGAGAUCGAACGAUUGAAAGAGGUGGUUGGAACUAUUUUGGCACGGACAGAGAAAGAGGGGAAUAACCAUGGACUUCCAGUUUUUGAGGGACUUCCACUUUUUGAGGUUUCUAUUAACAUGCCCUACUGA